AUGGCAAUAAGAUUGUGCCCACUUCUACUACUCGUUCUGUCGUCGUCACUAGCUCUCGUCUCCGGAAACAUUAUCUUCCCGUCAGAUGCAGAUGCAGAUGCAUCAGCGAAUUUAUCCACUCUGCAAGAUACUGUUCAAGACCUAAUGCGAAGGACCGAACCAUUCUUCGAUGGGGGUAUCGCAACUGUGGCUCAAGUACCGUCGGAUACACCGGAAUUGCAAUUUUGCUUAUUUGCAACUUUGAUAUUGUUGGAUCAGGCUGUUCCUGGCGGACUGGCGGCUCCUUUUGCGUCCGAAACGGCUCUCUUUUGUCUUCUUGGCAAUGACUGCGACUUCUCUCCCACUAGUUACUCUAUUGAGGCCGCAUCGAACUGCGAAGCUGUGAAUGGAACAUUGAGAUCGGGAGACAUUUAUCUGUGUAAUGAUGAAUUUGGGACAACAGGGCUUGGGGCUGAUACCAAUGUGAAAAUGUCGAAUAUUCCAGUUUGUCUGGACCCAAUCUGUGCAGAAGAUAUCACCUUUCAACGGAUGCUGAAAACUUUGUUUGAACUAGGAUCAGAUGACGAUAAUUCUUUUGAAAAGACCUUUACUGGCCAGUGCGCUCCAAUUGAAAUCGAAUGGAGAAUACCCACAACACCGUUCCCAGGCAGGACCGCAAAAGUGGGAGAUACGGUAACCUUCAACUAUGAGAACUUUCAUAAUGUAUACAUUCAUCCAACUGGAGAUUGCGAUGAAAUGGGAAGUGUUCUGGUGGGUGAGAAUGCCGGGCCUGCUUUGUAUACCUUUUCAGAGGAGGAUGCUGGACAGACAAUCACAUUUGCUUGCGACAUUGGGAGCCAUUGCGAAGCUGGACAAAUCAUAUCCUUUCAAGUGGAAGAAAUCACUACCGCUCCGACCAUGACACCCACAGUAGCAUCCACCUUGCUUCCAGCCGAAGACUUCAAGACUGGAAUUGACAACGGCGAAUAUGAUUUAAUUCUUGACGUUCGCACUAGAGCCGAAUGGGAAGCUGGUCAUAUUGUAGGUGCAACCUUUGCUGACAGCCUGGCCUCUUUUGGUACUUCAACGCAUACUGGCGCAGUGCCAUCCGACUUUGCGGGUUGUGAGUUCUGCACUAUUGCAGUGUAUUGCCGAAGUGGAGCACGCUCCAGAGUUGCCAUCCAAAUUUUGGCAAGCAAUGGCUUUGAAGGUCAGCUUUAUAAUGCCCAAGGUGUCAACCAAUGGCAAGCUGCAGGAUUUCCCCUUGUGAACGAUGAUUCCAUUGUACCGCCAUGCACAACGUCUGAAGACGAAAGUUGUCCAGGAACUGGGUCUCCAUCGUCGUCACCAUCCAAGGCGCCAUCUGAUGCUCCAGUACUUGUUCUACCAAUUCGCAAAGUUCCCAAAACGACAGACAAAUUCGCACUGAAGAUCAAGAGGACCACUCCUGGGACCAACUUUGUCCAAGCCAACGGGAUGAUGAUUCGUGGAGGCGGGGGAAGAAGACAACUUUCCUCGUACUAUCCACAAGAACUUCCGUCAAGUGACUAG